CCGUCUCGCUCAGCCUGGCCUCGAGCUCGCAAUCGUCCUGCCCCAGUCCCAAGUGCUGAAAUUACAGACUUGAGCCACACAUUCCCUAGAGGUGUCCAUGUGUUUACACAACAGAGAAACUUCAUCCACCCUCCAGCUCACUCACCUGUCAGCUCACACAGGCUUCCUAGGGCGUCGGCUUCUACUCCAGAUGUCCUUCAUAGGCCCAUCCCAUGGCCCUCGUGUCUGCUGAUUCCCGAAUUGCAGAGCUUCUCACAGAGCUCCAUCAGCUGAUCAAGCAAACCCAGGAGGAACGUUCGAGGAGUGAGCACAACUUGGUGAACAUCCAGAAAACUCACGAGCGAAUGCAGACUGAGAACAAGAUUUCUCCUUAUUACCGGACAAAGCUGCGUGGCCUCUACACAACCGCCAAGGCUGAUGCAGAGGCUGAGUGCAACAUCCUCCGAAAAGCGCUGGAUAAGAUAGCUGAGAUCAAGUCUCUGUUGGAAGAGAGGCGGAUAGCGGCCAAGAUCGCAGGUCUCUACAAUGACUCGGAGCCCCCACGGAAGACCAUGCGCAGAGGGGUGCUGAUGACACUGCUGCAGCAGUCAGCCAUGACCCUGCCCCUCUGGAUCGGGAAGCCUGGUGACAAGCCCCCACCCCUCUGUGGAGCCAUCCCAGCCUCAGGGGACUAUGUGGCCAAACCUGGAGACAAGGUGGCUGCUAGAGUGAAGGCUGUGGAUGGGGAUGAGCAGUGGAUCCUAGCUGAAGUAGUCAGUUACAGCCAUGCUACCAACAAGUAUGAGGUAGACGACAUUGAUGAAGAAGGCAAAGAGAGACACACCCUGAGUCGGCGGCGCAUCAUCCCACUGCCCCAGUGGAAAGCUAACCCUGAGACAGACCCCGAGGCCUUGUUUCAGAAGGAGCAGCUGGUGCUGGCCCUGUAUCCCCAGACCACCUGCUUCUACCGUGCCCUGAUCCACACCCCCCCACAGCGGCCUCAGGAUGACUACUCAGUCCUGUUUGAAGACACCUCCUAUGCAGAUGGCUACUCCCCUCCUCUCAAUGUGGCCCAGAGGUACGUGGUGGCUUGUAAGGAGCCCAAGAAAAAGUGAAGCUGGCUGGCAGGCUUGAGUCUGCCACUGCCGACCUCAUGGGAGAAGGCAACAAAGGAGUCCCUGUAAUCAAAUAAAUACUCUUCCCUCUCA